AUGGCCGAUUCCACUACUUCUAGCCUUAACUUGAGUACAGAGUCCAAUCAGGUUGUAGCUGAAGAUGCUAGGAAAAUCCAGAUCGCCAACCAGGCUACAGCAGAUGAUGGUAACCUGACCCAGAUAAUAUUCAUGGAUCCUAAAUUGUACGUGGCAGCAGCACAUGGUGACAUCCAUGUACUUGAGCGACAUGAUAUUCGUGUCCAACGAACUCCAAAAAAGAACACAGUUCUCCAUGUUGCAGCCCAAUUCGGUCAAGCAGACUUCGUUGAAAAGAUCCUUAAGUUGCCUUCUCUUUCAUCACUCUUGCAACAUCACAAUGAGAAAGGUGACACUCCACUUCACCUUGCAGUAAGAGAAGGGCAUUUGACAGUGGUGAAAAAUCUGAUUCACGGUGCCAAAAAACUUGGAGAAGAAGACACGGAAAGAGGGGCUGCAGCAGAUUGGAAGGUGAUGCUGAGGACGACAAAUAACGAACAAGACACAGCCUUGCACGAGGCAGUGAGAAAUCAUCACCCUGAGGUGGUGAAGUUAUUGAUUCAGGAAGACCCCGACUUUACCUAUGGUGCUAAUACUGAAGGCAACACUCCUCUUUACAUCGCUGCUGAGUGGGGAUUCGGAGACUUGGUACAGAUGAUCCUAGACAAUUGCUCUUCACCAGCUCAUAGUGGCUUCAGUGGUCGAACGGCUUUGCAUGCUGCGGUAAUUCUCAAAGACCCAGCAAUGACAAAGAAGAUACUGGAAUGGAAGCCUGCUUUAACUAAAGAAUUAGACAAAAAUGGGUGGUCUCCCCUUCACUUUGCAGCAUAUGUGGGUUGUCAUCCAACAAUAGUGACGCAAUUGCUUGAGAAAUCUGACACGUAUGUUGUCUAUCUAGGCGUCAAAAACCAUGGAAUUGGAAACAGGACAGCUCUUCACAUUGCUGCUAGCCGAGGCCAUGUGGAAAUAGUGAAGCUGCUGGUGUCACACUUUCCAGAUUGCUGCGAGAAAGUUGAUGAUGAGGGCAAUAAUGUUCUUCAUCUGAUAAUGCCAGAAAAGAAAAUAUUUUUAACUUCGGAGACGAAAGCGAAGUUCCAGAAUCGUUAG